AUGUUGGCGCUCCAGCGGCACGCGGCGCGCUCCGGCGCCAAGCAGGUGGCUCGCUUCUCGGCUGCGGCGGCCGCUACUGCUGCCCAGGACGCGUUUGCGGACGUGCUGCAGCUGGCUCUGCGCGAGACGGAGGGAUCGCGCGCGUCCCGGCGCCUGCGCAAGCAGGGCUUCCUGCCGGGCGUGCUCUACGGCGAGGGCGAGGACGGCAAGGACGAGCGCGUGCUGGUCUCGUUCCCCACGCGCACCUUCGAGCGCAUGCACCGCAAGCUCUGGACGUCCAUCGAGAACCAGGUCUUCCAGGUGCAGGUGGACGACCAGCCGCCGGUCAAGGCCUACAUGCGCGACGUGCAGCUGGACCCCGUGACGGACGUGCCCGUGGCCGUCAACUUCCUGCGCUUCAAACCCGGCCGCAAGGUGUCCAUCCCCAUCACGUACCUGAACGAGGAAGGCAGCCCCGGCCUCAAGCGCGGCGGCUUCAUCAACCACAUCCACCACUCGCUCGAGUGCAGCAUCUUCACGGACGACAUCCCCACCACGCUGCAGAUCGACGUCAACGGCCUGCACGUGGGUGACAAGGUGUACCUCGAUGCCAUCAAGUUCCCGGAGGGAGUGGUGCCCAACAUCCCGGAGGGCUCGCUGGUCGCCAAGAUUGCUGGCCGUCGCGGUCUCAUCCCGCGCGUGGAGGCCGUGGUCGAGGAAGUGGUGGAGCAGAAGGUGGAGGAGGACGACGACGAGGAGUUCGACGACUGGAACGACAUCUUCUAG